AUGAUUAAAGUAGCGAUCACUGAUGAUCAUCCACUUGUUAUCGAUGGACUCUUAAAUGCAUUCCGCGAUGUAGCAGAUAUCCGCAUAACAGGCACCUAUCGCAACGGCACAGAUUUAUUCAAUGGACUUCCGUUGGAGCAGCCGGAUGUAUUGCUGCUCGAUCUUCAGUUGCCGGAUCGUAAUGGUGCAGAACUGGUACCCAUCCUGCUGCAACAAUAUCCAUCUCUGCAUAUCCUUAUCUUGAGCAGUAUCGAAUCAUCACCCUAUAUCAAGGAAAUGAUGCAAAAAGGUUGCAAAGGAUAUUUGCUGAAAAGCAAUACCGUUAAAUCUACAUUGGUGACCGCGAUUCAUGAAGUCUGUAAAGGAGGUAUCUAUCUCGAUCCGGGGUUAAAAGAACAGCUAUUGCAGGAGAUGCUGGCAGCCAAACGAAAAUCAGAUAAGCUCAAUCCGAAGAUCACCCAACGGGAGCGCGAGGUGCUCAACCUGAUCGCUGGGGAGUUAAGCAACCAGGAAAUUGCCGACCGGCUCUUCAUCAGUCUGCGUACCGUUGAAACACACCGCUAUAAUUUGCUGCAGAAGCUCGAUGUCAAAAAUACAGCCGGCUUACUGAGGAUUGCCCGCCAGAUGGGCAUCGGAUAA